CUUGGGGGGUGGAGCUUAAGCGGCGAUCGCUACACGAACACGAUCCACGACAGUCGUCUACAGCGUCCCUCCGCGCUUGGGCUUGCUCGUGAAUCUUCAAAAAUGCUCCAGUUACGAUACCGAUUCCUGUGUCUUGUCGUGGGAUUGCUCCUUUUCGGAGGAACAAGAGCGGAGGAUGUGGAAAGUCCAGGCACCGUUGAAGCUGACCUUGGGGCUGAAGUGGAAGGAUCACGUACUGAUGAUAAUGUAGUGGCCCGGGAAGAGGAGGCUAUAAAGCUGGACGGACUCAAUGUGGCACAGAUCAAAAAAAUGCGGGAGAAAGCAGAAAAGCACGUUUUCCAAGCAGAGGUCAACCGGAUGAUGAAGCUUAUUAUCAAUUCUCUGUACAGGAACAAGGAGAUCUUUUUGAGGGAGUUGAUCAGCAAUGCCUCUGAUGCCCUUGACAAAAUCCGUCUGCUGUCACUGACAGACAAGGAUCAGCUCAGUACUAAUCCGGAGUUGGCCAUCAGAAUAAAAGCAGACAAGGACAACCACGUACUUCACAUCACCGACAGUGGUAUUGGCAUGACAAAAGCAGAUUUGGUCAAUAACCUUGGAACAAUUGCAAAAUCUGGAACUUCAGAAUUUUUCUCUAAACUACAGGAGUCGGAGAAUGCAGAUGAGACAAGUGACCUCAUUGGACAAUUUGGUGUUGGCUUCUAUUCAGCCUUCCUUGUAGCUGACAGGGUUGUUGUUACAAGUAAAAACAAUGCUGAUAAACAGCAUGUGUGGGAAUCUGACUCUGCUGAGUUCUCCGUUGUUGAAGAUCCUCGUGGAGAUACCCUAAAGCGAGGUUCCACGGUCUCUCUGCAUUUGAAGGAAGAAGCCUAUGACUUUUUGGAGGUUGACACUGUGAAGAGCUUGGUGAGGAAGUACUCCCAGUUCAUAAACUUCCCCAUUUACCUGUGGGAGUCUAAAACAGAGGAGGUAGAGGAGCCUCUUGAUGAAGAUGAGGUUGAAGCUGAGGAGGACAAGGUUGAAGAGGAUGAAGAAGGUAAAGUGGAGGAAGAGAGUGAAGAAAAGCCCAAGACGAAGAAAGUCUCAAAAACCACUUGGGACUGGAAUCUUGUGAAUGAUGCUAAGCCCAUUUGGACAAGGAAACCUUCAGAGAUUGAAGAUGAAGAGUAUAAUGAAUUUUACAAGAGCUUGAGCAAGGAUACCAAAGAACCUUUGGCAAAGACUCACUUUGUGGCUGAAGGAGAAGUGACCUUCAAGUCCUUAUUGUUUGUCCCGGAAGUUCAGCCCUCGGAAUCCUUCAACAAGUAUGGAACCAAGACUGACAACAUCAAGCUGUAUGUUCGUCGUGUGUUCAUCACUGAUGAUUUCCAGGACAUGAUGCCUAAUUACCUGAGUUUUGUCCAUGGUGUGGUGGACUCUGAUGACCUCCCUCUCAAUGUAUCUAGAGAAACCCUUCAGCAGCAUAAGCUCCUCAAGGUCAUUAAGAAGAAGCUUGUGCGCAAGACACUUGACAUGCUCAAGAAGAUGGAGCCAGAGGAAUACGAGAAGUUCUGGAAGGAGUAUUCCACCAAUAUUAAGCUUGGUGUUAUUGAAGACUCGGCCAACCGUACCCGCCUGGCAAAACUACUGAAAUUCUUGUCAUCUGCAAGCAAGGAUAAGGCUUCUUCCCUGGCUGAGUAUGUUGAACGUAUGAAUGAGAAGCAGGAGCACAUCUACUACAUGGCAGGAUCCAGUCAGAGUGAGGUUGAGAACUCGCCAUUUGUUGAACGUCUUCUCAAGAAAGGUUACGAAGUGCUAUACCUUACGGAGGCCAUAGAUGAGUAUGCCAUCAAUGCCAUCCCUGAGUUUGAGGGCAAAAAGUUCCAGAAUGUAGCCAAGGAAGGCCUAACCAUUAAUGAAGGGGAGGCAGCCAAGGAACGCUUGGAGGAGACAAAGAAGCAGUUUGAGCCUCUGACCAAGUGGCUUAGUGAAGAGGCUCUGAAGGAUGACGUUUUAAAGGCAGUAGUUUCGGAGCGUUUAACAGACUCGCCAUGUGCACUAGUUGCAAGCAUGUUUGGGUGGACAGGCAACAUGGAGCGCCUGGCAAUAUCAAAUGCACACCAGAAAUCUCAUGACUCUCACAGGGACUAUUACCUUAGUCAGAAGAAGACCAUGGAAAUAAAUCCUAGACAUCCUCUUGUCAAGGAACUUUUGAGACGUGUUGAAGAUGAUCCAAGUGAUGCUAAGGCAAAGAACAUUGCUUUGAUGAUGUAUCAUACAGCCACCCUGAGGUCUGGUUACAUGCUGAAAGACACCGUACACUUUGCAAAGUCUGUAGAAGAAAUGAUGCGACAGACACUUGGCGUGUCUUUAACAGAACAAGUUGAGGAGGAACCAGAGAUUGAAGAGCCGGAGGAUGAGGAGGAUGAACAGUUAUUGGAGGAGGAUGAUGAUGAGGAAGAGGAGGAUGCUGGUGAAGUUGAGGAGAUGCACGAUGAAUUGUAAACUUUUUUUUUUUUUUUGGAUUUAUUUGCAAAUUUGGCCAAAAUCUUUGGUUCUACUUUAUAAUUGAACAUGGGCAUUGGUUUAUUUAUGAGGUAUGGAUUUUACCUAACUGUCGGGCCCUUUCAUGCAUCAUUUGUUGAAUGUAAUGCGUGUUCAUCCUUGCAAUGUACUGGGUGUUCCAUAUUUAGAAAGUGAAUAUUCACUUUAGUGCCCAUCUAAGUAUGUUAGAGGUUGAAUGAUAUACAAAGUUCAUUUUUCAUUUCCUGACUAGGAAGCACAGUAACUGCAGACAUUUUGGCAGCUGUAACUUGGGUACUUUACUGCUGUAUAGUAUGUUUGCAAUUACUAUUUAGGUUCAAAUUCUCACAUUACUGGUUCGAAGAAUGUAUUUCACAAAUGAGUUCAGUUACUACAAGAGUUUAUGGGUGAUGUGUAACAUUCCUUUAAGCAAUGUGUAAGUGUGUGUACAGUCAUAAAUCAUUUUCAUAAGUAAAUA